CAGGUGGAUGUUGUCGGGAUAGUGGUUCAAACGAAAGAGAGAGAUGCCUUUUAUAAUUAUGGAGCGGUUCCUGGUUUGAGCUUUCAGGCUACCUGCCAGGGUGCCUCUCCCCAGCCUGCCCUCCCUUUCAAGCAGGCUGACUCCGCCAGCGUAAAAUUGAAUGUGCAGCUAAGCCACUGGGCAACAGGAAGGCAAGACAAUGAUAUGAAAUUGGACCCCCCCAAAUAGGGAGGUUGUUUCAAAACAUGUGAGACAAUGCGAAGGCAUUUUGCUUUGAUGCUAUGGUUCCCAGAGGAAGCGACUGCAGUGGAUGAUAGUACUGGAGUUAUAAAUUGUGUCUGCUGGAAAAAUCCCAUGGUAGCAGAAACACUUUUAUCAGGUCGUCCAAGCACACCCAGCAGCCUUACUGUGCUUGAACAGAUGAAGAAACUCCAAGAAAUGGUGAGCCAGAAAACCAAGCUGGAGAUUGGGGAUGUUGUCAGGGUCAGAGGUCACAUCCGAACCUACAGGCAACAAAGAGAAAUUCAGGCUUCAUGUUUUUAUAAAGUGGAUGAUCCUGUGUGCGAUGUUCAGAUUUCAAGAAUGAUGGAGCUCCCCUGUCUCUAUAGAGAAGUUUAUGAUAAACCUUUCCAAAGGCCCGAGGAGGGACAGAGUGGGCUGGAGGGUCAGAAUUUCUCAAUCAACAUGCUGCAUGAGAAAGUGAAAAGCUUUCUAUUAGAAAACAAAAUUCAGACCUUUUACCAACAGGAGUUGGAAACAAUUGAUACUCUGGUGUCGCUGGCUGGUGUGCAUCUACCCAGCCCCAGCUGUCAGGAGGUUAAGUCAAAAAAGGACUCCAGUUCCAAAAGGAUUCACAGUGUUUUUAAGGAAGCAAUAAGGAUGCUACAAGAAAAAGGGGUGGUUUUCCAGAAACCUAGUAGCUCUAAGGACUUAUACCAUGUGACUGACCAUGAUAAGGAGUUGCUUAAAGUGACCCUUGAUGUGAUUAAAGAAGACUGUCGAAAACCCAGGCAUGCUGAAAAAGGUUGCCAUUUCCUUCAUGUUCUGAGCUGCGUUCGGCAGAGCUACAACCCCUCUCUGGCUGAAGUGGUGAUGCACCGUGUCUUGGAACUGCUGGAGAGUAACAGUGAUGUUGUCAGUACUAUGGAAGGGUAUUACAUGGCUUUUUAAAGAGAUGAGAUCGUUUUGGUCCAUUCAGGAUAAAGGAUGGAAGAAGGAGUGGUUGUGUGACCCUGAAAAGCUGCUGUUACCUGGUAUGAUCUAGAUGGGGGGAAAAAAAAGCAUUCUGAUUUUCCAAAUGCUGUUUUUGCCCAGCUCCUGAGAAGUUGUCCAAAUACGAGUUUUAAUAUUCUUGCUGACUUCCUUGCUAUUCCUUGUGAAAGUUGUAUCAAGCUGAUUCUGGAUAUCCGAAUACAGCAGGGGAGCUGGAAAAGAAACUGGGCUGCUUCUCUGCAGUAAGAUGUGACGUGGUUGUCCUCGCAUUUACAUCCAGUGAGCCCUAAAGAAAAGUCACUGCUAAAGAGCGCUGUUUACAGCAGUGGUCACAUCAGGACUUGUUUUUCUGCCUUAAAGACUGAUCUUGUGAUCUUUCCAUAUGGUAAUAGCUAUGGAUCUUUCUUUUUAUGUAUACUUUAUAACAGUUAGAGAAACGACGUGCAAGCAAACGUUCAAAAGAUUUGCCUGUCCUUCCUGGCCGCGUUAGUGUACCAAUGUCUGUAAAUAUGUAUUCCUGAACGUGCACAGCUUUCCCACUACUAAAGCAGUCCUCACCUUUCUAUGAAAAGUAAUAUUCAGGAAUGGGGUCCUGCAUCCUUUCCCUAUCCUGCAACCUUGCCCACCGCUUGUCAAGCGUGGCUGGCUUCCCCUGGCUACUGUGUGCACUACUGACAUAUUCUGUUGUGGAUUCUGUUCAGACUAGAAUUCUCAGAAACAGCCACCAUUUUUCUGUUUAUUUUUAAAUUGCUUCCUACAUCACAAAUGGUAAACUGUAGGUCAGAUGCUUUGGAAAAGAAAAUAUGAAAGCCAGCAAGACCCUUUGUAAUCUCUGUGCUCCCUGUUGCCUUUUGUGUCUUCUGUUUCUUGUCAACUUUGGCGAAAAAUACUAUCCCUAUCUGUGGUUGCAGAGGAACACAAGACAUCGAUGAAAUAACAUUAGCCUAAACAAAGUUACCAUGCAAGACGUUUGAUCUGGAAUAAUCAGGACUCUGUUACGUGCCACAGUUCAAAGCCUGGAGCUGUUCAAUAUUUAUCCUUAGAGAGGGCUUGCCACUGCAAGGGCUUGUCUGUUUAAUUAAUCUAUUUAAUUAAUAGUGUGGAGGUGGGACGUUUAACUUAAAAAGAAUAGAAAGGAUUGAAUGCAUCCGUCCUCUUUCCUCUGCAGCUUCCCUGUAACAGUUGAAAUAGCAGACUCCCAGGAGGCAGAUGUAGUGGUAAAGCCCUAUAAGGAUUGACAUAGCAGGGGAAAAUAAACGAUAUGCAUGAGGAAAGCCAGUGAGUAGCCCCACGUGUGCCAGGUCUCUGGUUUGUUGUUAUAUUAUAUGCCUCAUUCCAAGCCCUGGCUGCAGUGAGGUAUAGGCUAAGAGAAAAGCAUGACAAAAUAUUUGGCAUUUGCAUCCAGAGGCCUGUGGAAAACUGGCUUUAAAGAGAUGGUGUGCUUGUCCAUAGUGGAGAACUAUGCAUGAAUCAUUCCUUUGCUGUAAAUUACCUACUUGCUGUAGGGCUUAAUAGUUGGUUUCCCUGCAGGCUGCCCUACUCCUAGUGUUGCUGCUCUGUUUUGAGUUGGGUACCUUCUAGUCAGAUCUUAAUAUGGGCCUGAACAUGUGAAAGGAUGUCCCUGUGCAGAAGGAAAUAAGAGAAGAGGAGGAUUAAGAAAGAAUUGUAGAAGUCUUCCCCUGUUCCUGCCCCCCCCCCCCAACGUCUCUAGAAAGCAGGGAAAGGAGUCCAGAUUCUGAGUGAAGUGGUACUGAGGGGAAUUGCAACUUUAUGCCUACAAAAUGGUCUGGUUGGCCACAGGGGAGAUAGCUUCUCAGAUUCCUGCUCUGAUUACUGAUAAGUUUGAAGUAAUGCUUAAAAACAAAGGCUGUCUUUUGGAGUAUCGAUUCCUAAAUUCAGAAUCGUAUCAGGAGUUAACCAUAUAUUAGUGUUUGAUUACGGGCAAGUCACCUACUUGGCAUGAAUUUGAGGUUAUUUUAAAGGAAAGUAUGUGGUAUCUUGGACCAUAUGGAAGAGCACGGCAUCUAAUUUAAGAGACUGACUUGGCCAUUUUCUUGAAAAGUCCUAUAUUGGCAGAAACUGAUUUUGCUGGGAAAGGGUUAAAAGAACACUGCUAGCUCAGUAGGAAAGGUGAUCUCCUCUCUCAGGUUAGAAGAGAGAAAGACUCUGGUUCUCCUGAGGGUGUAAUCCAAGUGUGUAGGCUGGGUGAGUUUUGGAAGGAGCUCUGCACAGCUGAAUCUUGGAGGAAAAGAUAGUGUGGAGAUCAUAUUGCUCUUUAGGAUCUCUCUAAAAUUCAUACCAAAAUAGGAUUACAUCUUUGUCCUUUACAGCUUGGAUAGUCAUACACACAGCAUCUAAUGUGUUCUGUUGCCUCCAUCUUCGAUGCUGCACUUCCUGUGUUUUAGAUACGUUUCUGUGUGUAAAGUCUGCCUAAAACCUCAUGCCACCUGUUUUCUAUGCAUUGGAGGUUGAUGCAGACACAAACUAUCUUCCCUCUUUGUUCUGCCCCUGUUGCAAUUUAAAAGCAUUGACGAACUGCAAAGCAUCAGAGAUGAGGUUAGGAAGAAUUCAUCUUGGAAAGAUGGAUAAGUGACUGUGGGGGAAAAAAAACCCAAACCUGUCCUUAGAAGUUUUAAGUUGUUCCUUGCUGGCAGUGCAGGACUCUUGUCAUCGAGGGUGCAUUCUGUUGGAAAUUGCUCCCCAAGAACAGAAAAAAGGGAUUUUUCUCACUAGAGUUAAGUCAGGGAAAUAGGAAUGAACAUAAGGGAGCCUACAGUUUUUACAAGAGUGGAAGGUUAAAGUAAAAUCAAUGGAGGAGCCUAGAUUUGUUACACAGAUUGUUAUUCUGAAGAACUGUACAGAACAGUUGUGCCUCAAGCUUGCAUGCUUUAUUUUUUCCAUGCUAGCCACCCAACACAGACAAACACUUACUCUGGUUGAGUGCAUUCCCUCUCUUGUACCUACAGGGAAUAGCGUAUGCAUAUGCCUGCACAGAAGUACCCCAGCUAGCUGUGGGAGCACAGGGCUCACUGUAGGUUGAUUUACCCAUUUCCUCAGUAUCUCUACAGUAUGCUUCUGUGACAGCAGUCUAGACAUACCCAUAUUGGUAUAAGUCACCUUUAUGUAAGUCUGUCUACACACACUAGGGCUUUUACUGCUAAUAAACUGUCUCUCUGUUUAAAGAUCAUAUCCUUAACCAAGAGAGUCAUAUCAUGCAGACUGUUAAAAUUCUUAGACCUAGACCACACCUACAAAAUAUUGUGCGGAACAUUCAGUGAAAGCGCGCUUUCUUGUUUUGUUUAAUUUGAAAACUUGUUAGGCAACACAAUUAUUACUGGUUUAUUAAAGGACGUUGAGGGUGGCACUUUAAUGUAAAACUGACAAGUGAGAAUUCAUGUUGUAGGACUGCUUCAUGGCCAGUUCCAGUUUCCAUAGAAACAGUUACGGCAGUAAAAGGCGGGUAAGUAAAAUGGAGUUUUUUAAAAGCAGGCAGCAUUUUUUUGUUACCUUAAAAAGGUAUGUUUCCAUAGAAAUGCAGCGCCUGAGAACAAAAAUUACAAAGAAAACUUAAUAUUCCAUUCUAGCAAAAUGGAAGGUGAUUGCUUUUCUGGUGAGGAAAUGAAGGAACAACUCUACCUUCAGUCCCUGCUAUCUGCUUAGGAGGGAGAAGAGAUCAGGUUGCUUCAUGCCUCAGUUUCCUUCUUUUGUAAACUGGGUAUAAUAUGGUUCCCUCAAUUUUUCUUAAUGUUAGUCAUUAAAAGCUCUAGAGAUCUAUUUGUGAGAGCUGUUAGGGAAGAACUCUGUGGGAGUGGAUGAAUGGAUAGAUCCUGCAGUAGGAUUUCGUUCUAGUCCAAGCCCUGCUUUUGCAAAGAGCUUUAUCUUUUUCCGGCUCUUCCCAUUCAUAUAGCUUUGCCUGUCUUGUAUUUUUGCUCUCCAGGUCCUAUGACGCGAUGAUAGUCUCCUUGUUUUUAUUUGUACCAAAUAUUUUUUCCUGGAAUCCUGUUUCCUCUUACGGCUUCUUAAGUGACUUUUUAAAAACAGAAAUCCAGAUAAAUGAGUUCUGAGUCUUCUUGUUCUCAAGUCUUUGGAUUGUAAAUUUGUACCCAUGAGGGUAUGUAUUUUACACAAGUAACCUGGGAAAUGAAGCUUUUUUUUCAAACUAACAAAUGAAAAAUUUAGACUGGCUAUAUGACUGAAAGCUCUUACUUUUGUGGAUCUGUCCAUACUUGUGUAUUCCAAUGAUGAACACCAUAAAUAGGAGUUGCUAAUUCAUUAUUCAGAAUGAGAAUUAAUCGGUGAGCAGCCAGUGAGGCAUGGAGCCGCAUGGAGAGUUAUGAGACAAAGUACUGAGAAUCUGCUUGUCAAAGAAAUGCAGUUUGGUUUACUUUGGGAGUAAGCCGAUCCUGUGGGGAAAAAGAUGUGCCUAGCAAAGAUUUUUAUCUUUGUACUUACCUCUAAAUGGGAAGGGAGCAAGUUCAGAUCCCAUGGGCAACCUGAAUUUUGAAACUUCCUGUCAGUGCGGUGCUACAUUCUUUAUUGCCAUCUUUCAGCACAGUCUCCAGCCCUCCUGCCCCACCCCGACAGGCUAGCGAGCAAACAAAAGUUCAACCGCAGAGAUAAAAGAAUAGUUAUAAUAAUUGGUUACCAUCGUCCAGGAGCCCCAGCAUUAUAGAAACAUUUUUGUGGAUGUUUGUUGGCAGCAGGGAAAUGCUGAGUCAGGGAUUUUGGGUUUCAUUCCCAGCAGUAUGCCCUGUCAGGCAUGGAGGCUUUCCCCCUAAUUUCUUUCAUCUAUUUCUGCUCUCCACUCUCUCCUCUAAUUGUCAUUUCUCAGGCCCUUCAUGUCAUUCACAGUCUUAUGGUUCAUCUCUGCACCACACAUCCCAGACAACUUUCCUUCCUCUCUACUUUAUUCCCUUUUUCUUUCCUAAUUCAAAUAUCCUUGUAAGCAUCUGACAAUUGAAAGCUUCGGUAUAAUCCCCCUGUCUAGCUGACCUGGCACUUUAACGGCCUGUCCCAUUCCAGCAGGCUGUGCUUCGCUCCUUGUCUAGACACUGACAGAGGCAGAUAUCAUCCUUUUCAGUCUUGAGUUUUCUUCACCAUGUAGUUUGCAGCAGGAAAGAGCUGCAAUUUCAGAAAAAUAACUCUUUGUCCACCCCACCCUCCCAAAGAUCCAGCAGCACCCUCAAAGGUUCUAGUUGUGGUUUUCUUGCAGGUAUCCAAGUGAAAAAUAAAUAUAAUUAAAAAAUAAAACUCUUGUGUCUUGCCCAAACCUGAGCAAGCGCAAGUGGCAAGAGAAGCCAUCUGCCUCUCCCUGCCACUUGCAUGUCCUUGCACAGGUUUCAUUGCAGGCAUGAUCCAUAAAGUUGAUGUGGACUUUUAGUUUGUGUGUCUCCUUUAAGCCGUUUUUUUUCUGACAAAGUGCGAUUAUACUCUGAUGUGAUUACAAUGUGUGUCUGGGCAUUUGUCAGCUGCUUCUGUCUCACCAUCCCAAGUGACUUUAUAAUCUGUUGGCUUGUUAAGAGGUGUGAACGAGCUCUAUGGUCUUGCACAUUUUUAGAAAACAGAUGCACUGAUAGAAGAGGGAAGCCCAAAUUAGUGCCUCCACUAAGGGGAAGGAAGAAACUCAGUCAUAGAACACUAGGGAAACCACACACAAGACAGUCUCAAGGAACCCAUUUUUUGUAACUUCAGCUGCCACAAGAAGUACUUGUUCUGCAAUGCUCUCUUAAGAAAUGACCAGACUGUUUUUCCUGAAGUUUUCGUGCAGAGAUCACCCCAAGGCAGACAUUCAAGAGGGGAAACUGCAAAUCAAACUGUUAAAAUCUGGUAAAGUUACAGCAUCUACAUCAGGGUACAAAGUUGAGUAACUGAUUGUUAGGGAUGCCACCAGCCUGUUCCCACUAAUGUCUUUUAAAUGUGCAAUGGAGACUAUACUAAUCUAGUCACGGUAAUUUACAAGUUGAAACCAGCCCAGAUUAACAAGAUUGCCUGAACGCAAUAUAACCAGGAAUUUGCUAGUGAAAGAAAUAACCUAAAGGAACGAUUUUCAGCAAGUGUUGAACCACUGAACAGUACAGUGCCAAUUAACCUGGCACAACAUGUCCUACAGCUCUUGUUUUAGCUUGCUUUUUGUUAUUGAUUGGAAGAAUGAACGCUCCUUCCCUACCAGCUAGAACUGGAGCUUUCUGCCACCUUAGUUUGGGAUGAACAAGCUGGGAAUCUGCAAGCAUGUAAAGGCCAAAACAUCUGCUCAUCUUGCUUAAAAACUGGAGGGGUGGCUGCAGCUGAACCACUGCUUCCAUAGGAAAUUUAGGCCAAGACAUCUAGUUCGUUGUUCUUUUUAAUUUCCCCAAGUUAAAAGUAAAGCAGAGAGGAGAAAGUCAUCCCACCUCUGCUGUGAACAAGGUAAGAUAAAUUGCAAGUCUUUGUCAGUGCCAAACAGCCAAUAUCAUUAAAUGAAGCAUGUGCCAAGUCUGUUACUGGUCUGAGAAGUUCAUGGAUCCUUGCAGGAAUGGAGACCUCAUCCAAAUAUUAUGGUGACAUUUGGAAAUAGGAGGGAGGAAUCGGUUCCCUCAAAUGUCUUCCUCAACAACAGAGUCGUGCAAGCCCUGCAGGCCUACUGAUUCUAACGUGCUCUUCUUGGCCAGGUACACAAGGCAGUAGGGAAACAAAAGGAGUGCUUGGAGUUCGGUUUUUCUCUUAUUGCCAAAAUUAAGUCACUCAUAUUGAGAACACAGGCGUUGUCCUUGCGUGCAUGUAAAACUCUACGUUGCCGUAAUGUCCACAAAAAAACCCAGAGCUGUAACAAGCCAGCUGGUGUUCUGAAACUGCUGCCUCUACUGCUGACUAAUACUCUCUCAUUGUUUUCUUCCCUCACCUUGUCGUCUUUU